GGUCUAAUUUUCAUUGAUUGAAUCAUCCUUCGGUCUUCUCUCGCAAGUCUCAAUCUUCAUCGUUUUUUUCCGUCGUCUUCAUCUUCUUCGUUCUUUUGCCCUUUCUUCUCAAUACUUGGCUCAGAUAUGGAAUACUUACCGUUAGAGCUCACGCUAAUCUCUGCUAAAGAUCUUCAAGAUGUCAACCUUUUCUCCAAGAUGGACGUUUACGCUGUCGUUUCGAUUACCGGCGACGCGUACCAGAACCAGAAGGCCAAGACCCCUGUUGAUAAAAACGGCGGCACCAGCCCUACCUGGAAUUUUCCCAUGAAAUUCAACAUCAACGAUUCGGCGGCGCGUCAGAACCGUCUCUCCAUUGAAAUCAAGCUCAAAUCUGAGCGUCCCGUGGCCGGCGACAAGGACAUCGGUGUCGUCCACGUCCCAGUCAAAGAGCUACUGGAUAACCUCGGUGACGGAAAGUCAGCGCAGUUCGUCAGCUAUCAGGUUAGGAAGCCCUCGGGGAAGCCCAAGGGAUCGUUGAAUUUCUCUUACAAAUUUGGGGAAAAGGUCACCGCUCCGGUAUCUGCGCCGGCCGGGAAGGCCUAUACCGAGGGUGUUUCGAAGGGUGAGCCCGUGAUGGCGUACCCUCCACAAGCGGCGGGAUCCAGCUCGAUGCUGGCCUAUGCCGCGCCAUACCCUCCACAGCAUGGAUACCCUCCGCCGCCGCCGCCACAAUAUGCAGCUGGUUACGGGUACCCACCACCGCCAUACCACGGUGGCUAUCCACCGGCAUAUGGCGGGUACCCGCCAGCGCAAGCGGGAUACCCGGCGGUUCAGCAGCCGGCGAAGAAGAACAAGUUUGGGAUGGGUUUGGGAGCCGGGUUACUGGGUGGAGCCCUCGGCGGGUUGCUGAUCGGAGAUAUGAUCUCCGAUGCGGGUUCUUACGAUGCAGGGUAUGAUGCUGGCUUUGAUGACGCAGGCGGAUUUGAUUUCUGAUCAGUUGCUUUUUUCCCCCUUUCUUUUUUUUUCUUUUCCUAGUUUUGAAGUGGUAAUAUUAUAUCUCAAAAUAUGCAUCUUAUAACAUGUGUUAACUGCUUUGGAUCUUUAAAUUAUGUUGGAUUUUGGACUUGAAGUGAUAUGAAUUCUAUGAUCUUGCUCAUCUUGUGAUGAAGAUGACAAGUACAUGGUAUAUA